GGGUGGAUGGGUGUCGUCUAUGUGUAGUGAAGAAGGGGGGGGAACGAUGAUGGGGGAAUGAAAAGAAUAGACAUUGUGAAACAUUUCUGAAACUAUGCUGAAACAACGUUGAAGUAAUGGAAAGGGAAGUGGAACCUCAGAACCUCUCUCAAAUUUCGUAUCUGCGCAUCUCGUUAUGCCCUUGAUCGUAGACGAUCUUUGCGGCGUUUGCUGUCACCACUUGCCGCCUUCCUCGAUGCACACUCACGCCACACAUUCCCCCAGCUACUGCCUUCUCGUUCUUCCUGGUAUGUAUAUACGACUCGUAGUGGUCUUUAGACCCCACUACCGCGGUCUAAAUCGGCUAGUGAAUGAAAUGUUUCUAUUCCAGGACAUCAAGGUGAAAUGA